GCCACGGUGCUGCAGCUGAGGGAGACCGUCCUGCAGCAGAAGGAGACCAUCGGGACCCAGCGGGAGGCCAUCCGGGAGCUGACCGGCAAGCUGAGCCGCUGCGAGAACGCCGACGGCAAGUCAGUCGCGGGGACGUGGAAGAAGGAACUGGGCAAGGGCAAGGACACCAUGGGGGACCUGCCGCGGGACCCCGCGCAGGUCAUUGACCAGCUGAGCCGCACCAUGCAGACCCUGAAGGACCGGCUGGAGAGCCUGGAGCACCAACUCCGAGCCAACGUGUCAUAUGCAGCACUGCCUAAUGACCUUCGAGAGAUGCUUCAACGGAGGCUUGGAGACCUGGAACGCCAACUGCUAAGCAAAGUGGCCGAGCUUGAGGAUGAAAAGUCUUUGCUUCAUAAUGAGACAUCAGCCCAUCGGCAGAAGACAGAGACAGCCUUGAAUGCAUUGCUAGAAAGAAAGAACAGGUUGUUAAAAGGUCAAGUUGCAUUUAAGUCACCUGAUGAAUUCAAAGUCUCCCUUCCUCUUCGCACAAACUACUUAUAUGGGAAGAUCAAGAAGACUCUGCCAGAGCUGUAUGCUUUUACUGUUUGCUUGUGGUUGAGAUCAAGUGCUUCUCCUGGAAUUGGCACUCCAUUCUCAUAUGCUGUUCCUGGGCAGGCUAAUGAGAUUGUCCUCAUAGAAUGGGGCAAUAAUCCAAUUGAACUGCUAAUUAAUGAUAAGGUUGCUCAGCUCCCUCUCUUCAUUAGUGAUGGAAAAUGGCAUCAUAUCUGUAUAACAUGGACAACCAGAGAUGGAAUGUGGGAGGCUUUUCAAGAUGGAGAAAAGCUUGGCACUGGGGAGAAUCUUGCUCCUUGGCACCCAAUUAAACCUGGAGGUGUCUUGAUCCUGGGUCAGGAACAGGACACAGUAGGAGGAAGAUUUGAUGCCACUCAAGCCUUCGUUGGGGAGAUGAGCCAGUUCAAUAUAUGGGACAGGGUCUUAAGAGCUGAAGACAUCAUGAAUAUUGCUAACUGCUCUACCAACAUGCCUGGCAACAUCAUACCCUGGGUUGAUAACAACGUUGAUGUGUUUGGAGGUGCUACUAAAUGGCCUGUGGAGACAUGUGAAGAGCGUAAACUUAUAGCUGCAGUUGUUCCCCAUUCAAGUGCCCCUUUUAGUAGGACAAUUUUCUGUGGAAUCUAA